UUCGUUACGUUGGAUCUUUCCGACAUUUGAAUCAGCUGAUUGUCAUUCUCGCCGCAAUGAAAUUUCGUGUUUAUUAUUAGUCACUUAAAAAUAGAUAAGAAGAUCCACACUCUCUUAUUUACUUUUUUUAGUAAUAAGCAGCAUGUCUGAGUCUAGUAAACGGCAAGUGCCCCCAGCUAUGAAAAAACUCCUAAGUCUUGAUGCCGAAAUAACCAAACGCUUUGUCUUGUGGGCUAAUCAAUUUUUGCCCUUGAGGUCACUUCGUAUCCAUUACAAGGCUUUGGAAAUAACGUGUCAUGGAAUCCCUUGGUUUGCAUUCUGGAUUGCAUUUACUUGGUUAUUUAAUAAUCCGUCUCUAGUCCAGUUACAAGUCAACAUGUUGAUGGGUCUUUUAAUUGAUAUAAUCCUCAUAGCUGUGGCUAAAGCCUAUUUCCGGAGACGGCGGCCUAUGGCUAAUACUGACGACGCCUUGGGUCAGAUAGGCCCUGAUGUGUUUAGUUUCCCGUCCGGUCAUGCGAGUCGUGCCGUUUUUGUUGCCUAUUUUUUCAUCAAUUUGUGGCCUUUGCCCAUUUUUUGCAUACCACCUUUACUAGCUUGGGUCACAGCUAUCUGUCUGAGCAGAAUUUUGAUGAAUCGACACUAUAUUUUAGAUGUCAUUGGUGGGAUAGUUUUCGGAUUGGUUGUCUCAUGGACUGUUUGUUUAAUCUGGCUUGAUAAAGACGCCGCUAGUUAUUUAAUGUCCUUUUUAUCAGACGAUAAAAUAGACGGGGGUGACUAUCAUGUGUGAUAAUAAUUAAAAACGAAUUUGCUAUUUAUCAUUUUAUUAAGACUUUUUUACACGGAAUUACAUUGUAGAAAUAAGGCCCGAAUUUCAGGGAAUCAAAAAGUUUUCAAUAAAUAUAUUUCGGUAAGCGAGGCUGUAAAUAAACGAUACGAGUUGUAAAAUCUUUGGUUGUACAUAAAAAACUUAAGUCUAG